AUGCAGUCGCAGGUAAAUCACAACUUCCACCCAGAGAGUGAGGUGAACAUCAACAAGCUGGUGAACAUCAAGCUGACUGCAUCCUACACAUACCUCUCCCUGGUAUGAUCUAUAUAAUAUGUAUAUACAAAAUAUUAAGAACACCUGCUCUUUCCAUGACAGACUAACCAGGUGAAUCCAGGUGAAAGCGAUGAUCCCUUAUUGAUGUCACUGGCUAUUUUCUCCUCUGUGCUCCUGCAUGUUAUAAAAACAUGUGAUCUGUUGAUGUUACUGACCUGUUUUUAUCCAAUGUGUAUUUCAUGUUUUAUUUCUCUGUUCUCUCCUAGGGGAUGUAUUUCGACAGGGACGACGUGGCUUUGCCCAGCUUCUCUAGUUUUUUCCUGGAGUGCUCUGUGAAGGAGAGGGUGCAAGCAGAGAAAUUGCUGGAAUACCAGAAUAUGAGAGGUGGUCGCGUUCUCCUUCAGACCAUCGCUGUAAGUCACUAUUUCUCCCCGGUUAACUACAAAACAUGCUCACUCCUAUUUUGCUUUUAAGGCCUUUGUACCUGAGACUGGCAGCUGAAUUUACUGUCCUGGAAUUGCCCUCUCCCUCACUAUCAUAAUUUACCCAUGUAUAGGGCCCUAUAAAAUCAGUUAAAUGUUUGGCCUGAUUCAGUUUUUUCCCAAAUUCCGCUUUUCUCCAUUUUUGUUUUCCCAGGACCAUUUUUUCAAUUUUUGUUUUCAGGUUUGAUCUCAAAAUCAAUUUUUUUUUAUAGAACAUCCAGUUUUGUUGUUUUUCUAAGUCUACAACAAUGCUUAAAUCACAUCAGGAGACCACUUUUGAGAUCUGAGAAAAAUGUAAGAAAUGUAGUUACCCAGGUAGGCAUUGGCCUUGCUCUGGCACCCCAAUGGUGGAACAAGCUCCCUCACGACGCUAGGACAGCGGAGUCACUCACCACCUUCCGGAGACACUUGAAACCCCACCUCUUUAAGGAAUACCUGGGAUAGGAUAAAGUAAUCCUUCUACCCCCCCCCCCCCCCCAAAAAAAAAAAAUCACAAAAAAAAAACAUUUUGUAAAGUGGUUAUCCCACUGGCUAUAAGGUGAAUGCACCAAUUUGUAAGUCGCUCUGGAUAAGAGCGUCUGCUAAAUGACGUAAAUGCAAUGCCCACCAGCCAGAGACCAUUGUUUGGUUACCAGUGUUUCUGUAGUGCUCAUGUGAUUGCAGGGUUUGCAGAACAAAUGGCCACGGGAUUAAUGAAAAUAAUCAUGAUAUCCUUCUGCCAGGUAGGCAUUGGCAACUUUGUAGUUAACAUUUAAUUGAUAAGGUUUUUGGGAAAGCCUUUCCAUCCACCAGCAGACAAUUAGCGUUAUCGCUAAUGGCUAUGAAAAGCGUAGACUAGGCAUAUGCUCGCACCGCACACAACACACAGAAUCACAUGCUUUCUGUUCAUGUCUUAUUAACCAAAUGAGUCCCACCGUGACGCUGGCACGAUUUUGACUUCUAACCCCUUUUAAACAUCUUCUGCAUCCAUUGGUACCAACCAUUAGUUCGUGUAAAUAACGGGGGCUGAGCUAGAGCGGUGUUUGUAAAACAAGGGUGGAUCCCGAAGGGGCCCAGGGCCAGGUAUUUUUACAAAAACGUCUACAGAGUCCGAAUGGUUUAUUCUUUUAGUAGUUUGUAGCUAUCUAUGAAAAACUGAGACUGUCACAAACACGCACAUGUAACAUGUUUUGCUCUGACGUUCACAAGCUACACAAGAAACGUUAGAAGAUCAUAGGAAAUCCAAGGACAUAGUGUCUAUAAUACUGUAAUAAGCUCACUUAGUUGCUGUCACAAACUCCACACAGUUGUCACUGACUAGUUGGAUAUUCAUUUUCCAGUGAGCAAACAAUUUCAAUACAUACAGCACUCAAAUAAAUUCAUUUUUUUCGUGUUUUUGCUUUGGCGGACCUUGUUUUUUUAAAUUGACAUUUGUCAAUUAAAACUCAUGAAUGCAAAUGUUUGUCAUUGUUUUGUGUUCUACUUGUAGCCCAGGUUGUCCUGAAAAUAAAUGUUAAAACACUUCAUUGUGAGGCUCCCGAGUGGCGCAGUGGUCUAAGGCACUGCAUCUCGGUGCUUGAGGCGUCACUACAGACCCCCUGGUUCGAUUCCAGGCUGUAUCACAACCGGCCGUGAUUGGGAGUCCCAUAGGGCGGCGCACAAUUGGCCAGCGUCGUCCGGGUUUGGCCGGUGUAGGCCGUCAUUGUAAAUAAUACUUUUUUCUUAACUGACUUGCCUAGUUAAAUAAAGGUAAAAUAAAAAAUAUAUAAGGGCUGGACAUGCAAAUAAAUGAAAGUCAGAUAAAUCAAAAGCCAAUUUUGCUGGGGUCUCGGGACUGAUAGGGUUAACUUGGGCAAAUUUAAUGAUUUAUUAUAUAUACAUUUAGUUGAUUUCCUACUAAGUUCAAUACAUUUUUGAAUAUUGUCGAGAUCCCUCAAUGCAAAUUUCACGCUCUAAUGUUCCAAGCCCUCUUCUUAUCAGGGGAGCCAUUUCCAGUGCGUUGUCAGGCAUUGCCAACAGGGAGAUCUCGUUAAAUAUGGAUAGAAUUCGUUAAAAUUACUAAAUGGCAUUCACAGAAUUUAAACGCUACAGCAAUGCUCUUGUGAAAAUUUAGAAAUUUGAAAACUAGUGUUUCAGCAUAUAUUAUAACCACUACAAAGAUGAUGCUAGAUAGCUAGCUUCUUCAAAAGACUUGACUGGUUAGCUAGCUAGCAGCAGAGCCUUCUGGCUAAUAUCAUAGACUUUGUCUAACAUUGUUUUACAAAGAAAUAGGUCUAUGUACUUGUCAUGUUAGUUGAAGCUAACAUUAGUUUACAAAAUGAUUGUUUGCUAAGGUGUAUAUUCGGUUGGCUUUGCUAUCUAGCAAGCUGAGAUCUUAUUGCUCAAGUUGGUAAUCCCGUUGUUUUGAAAACCGCUUGCUAGCCCUCGUCCAGUACAUAACAUGCAAAUAUCUAAUGUUAUCCUAGCUAGCUUAGUGUUACUUCUCUGUAGGGCUUUCCCUGACCCAAAAAUAUAUUGGUUGUACGAAAGUAGUCUGUUCUUUCGACCAAUCGAUUGGUCUACAUUUUAAAACGUGUAUUUUUCCAUAUACAGUGCAUUCGGAAAGUAUUCAGACCCCUUCCCUUUUUCCACAUUUUGUUACGUUAAAGCCUUAUUCUAAAAUGGAUUCAAUCAAAAUGUCCUCAAUCUACACACAAUACCCCAUAAUGACAAAGCCAAAACCGUUUUUUAGAAAUGUGUGCAAAUGUAUAAAAAUAAAUAAAUACCUUAUUAACAUAAUUAUUCAGACCCUUUGCUAUGAGACUCGAAAUUUAGUUCAGGUGCAUCCUGUUUCCAAUUAUCAUCCUUGAGAUGUUUCUACAACUUGAAGUCCACCUGUGGUAAAUUAAAUUGAUUGGACAUGAUUUGGAAAGGCACACACCUGUCUAUAUCAGGUCCCACAGUUGACAGUACAUGUCAGAACAAAAACCAAACCAUGAGGUCGAAGGAAUUGUCCGUAGAGCUCCGAGACAGGAUUUUGUCGAGGCACAGAUCUGGGGAAGGGUUUCAAAACAUUUCUGCAGCAUUGAAGGUCCCCAAGAACACAGUGGCCUCCAUCAUUCUUAAAUGGAAGAAGUUUGAACCACCAAGACUCUUCCUAUAGCUGUCCGCCCGGCCAAACUGAGCAAUCGGGGGAGAAGGGCCUUGGUCAGGGAGGUGACCAAGAACCCGAUGGUCACUGACAGAGCUCCAGGGUUCCUCUGUGGCGAUGGGAGAAUCUUUCAAAAGGACAACCAUCUUUGCAGCAUUUUACCAAUCAGGCCUUUAUGGUAGAUUGGCCAGACGGAAGCCACUCCUCAGUAAAAGGCACAUGACAGCCCACUUGGAGUUUGCCAAAAGGCAGCUAAAGGACUCUCAGACCAUGAGAAACAAGAUUCUUUGGUCUGAUGAAACCAAGAUUGAACUCUUUGGCCUGAAUGCAAAGCGUCACAUCUGGAGGAAACCUGGCACCAUCCCUACGGUGAAGCAUGGUGGUGGCAGAAUCAUGUUGUGGGGAUGUUUUUCAGCAGCAGGGACUGGGAGACUAGUCAGGAUCUAGGGAAAGAUUAACCGAGCAAAGUACAGAGAGAUCCUUGAUGAAAACCUGCUCAAGAGCGCUCAGGACCUCAGACUGGGGCAAAGGUUCACCUUCUAACAGGACAAUGACCCUAAGCACACAGCCAAGACAACACAGGAGUGGCUUCGGGACAAGUCUCUGAAUGUCCUUGAGUGGCCCAGCCAGAGCCCGGACUUGAACCUGAUCGAACACCUCUGGAGAGACCUGAAAAUAGCUGUGCAGCGACUGGAUUUCUGCAUGUAUGUCAAUACCACAGGAGUCCUCUUACAUUUUGGGAACUUUAGUCCUGUUGAUCAGUGCAUCCCAAAUGGAGGCAGCAAACAAGGUACCAGGCCAGCUGGGAUUUACAACCUGAUAGCAAUAUUUUUGGGACUAUCAAGAAAUGUAUUGAGCUGCAUCCAUCUAUUCUGCCAACAAUGCCUUAAUGUAUGUAAUGGAAUGUUGAGUCAAAUAUAACCUAUUUUUAAAACCUCUUAUAAAGUGGAAUGGAAUGUGGAAGGUGCUAGAAUGCAUUGACUGUAUUCCGUUUUAAUGUUUGGAUUCCGUUAUUUCGUCAGCGUGUUCCUCAACGCGGAUUUGUCAGGGCCCUACAUGCAAUUGUGAUACCCAAGUCACUGUGCCUGUUUGACUACAUUGCAGGAGAACUGUGAAGAAUCACUAAUAUACAAAUAACUUUGCUUGAUGCAUCCCAAAUAACUACUCUGUGAUCUAGAUUAGCGGUUCUGGGCCUUGCCUUGCUCAAACUGAUUCCUUGAAAUGCGCUGUCUGUCUCUCUGUUUCAGAAACCCAGCAGGGAGGACUGGCGAAGUGGCCUGGAGGCCAUCACCUUCUCCCUGGAGUUUCAGAAAACCCUCAACACGUCCCUCCUCGAGGUGCACCGUGGUGCCAAUACUCACACUGACCCCCAUGUAAGUCCAUGAUAAUUAUCCCAUUGUGAUUAACUGCUGUGCAUAUUUUAAUGGAUGUUUACAGUGUUAUUAGAUCAGAUGUAUAUGAUAGCUAUGUAUAACUGAAGCUCAUAACAGCUAUGUUGGUCUGUUAGUGAUUUGAACAGAUCAAAUAUGGAGAAGGAGGAACAGAUCGAAUGUUGAAGGAAUACCUGCAGGAUGCAUCUACCAGUAUGAUAUCAAUGCUGUGCUGUGUCUGUUGCAACCGGGCAUUACAAUACAAUCUUACUUCUAAUUUACUUCCUCAUUAGCUGUCUGACUUCCUAGAGCAGCACUUCCUGUCCGACAGCCACGACACCAUCAAGAAGCUGGGCGACCAUCUGGGCAGCCUGACCCGCCUCACUUCCUCUGAGACCCAUGGCUCCAUGGGAGAAUACCUGUUUGACAAACACACCCUGUAA